AUGAAUGUAUCAUUAGAUAACGCGCGCAAUACUAUUGAAAUUCCAACCAAUCAAAAUGAGAACACUGAAAUCCCCUUGAAUAAAAAACCAGGGCUACCGCCAGUGGCGUCAACAGUCGCAAAUUCAUCAGCAGGCGACGUGGGUGUAGAAAUAGAAAUGUCGCCCAGCAGUGAAGAAACACAGAAAGCACCUGAAGAAAAAGUUAGCAAAGUCAGAAAAGAAAAACCCAGAGACGAAGUCACUUUUCGGACGCACCUGACAUCAUUGGCGCACAUCAGUGUACUUGUUUUUGUUUAUUUGGUUAUCAGACUGAGUUUUCGGGGCGAUUUUGUGUUUUUUACAUGGCAUCCCAUAUUGAUGGCUGUUGGGUGGAUGUUGAUGAUGACUGAAGGUUUCUACUCAAUCAACAAAUACAACACUUAUUGGCGCUUGAAAACAAAAGGAGGCUUUCGAGUAAAAAUCCACGUAACCAUCUUAGCCAUAGGAUACAUUUUAUCAAUAAUCGGAUUCGUUAUAGUAUACCUAAACAAAGAAAACAACAACAAAAGUCACUUUACCAGUUGGCACGCAAUCUUUGGUCUCAUAGGGAUAGUCAGCACCUUCCCUCCGGUGAUCAACGGAUUAUUGUUGUGGUACAAAAAAGAACUAUCCAACUAUAUUUCUUAUCCUAGGUUAGUCAAGUUUGUGCACGUUUCUUCUGGGACCUUGGCCUUUAGUUUUGGGGCUUUGGCUCUAGUUUUAAGCGUGUACACUAGAUGGUUUGGUAAGAAGUCGUUGCAAAGCGAUACGACUUUUUAUUUUGCCUUGUUGACUGUUACUUAUCCGCUGGUAUGGGCUGUUUAUGGACCUUCGGUUAAGUUGGCUAGAGUUAUUAAAGAGUAUUUUAGUGAAGAAAAAGACGAUUAGAUUAUGUACCUACCUAUAUACUUACUUGUAUAGUAUUACAUUAUUUAAAAAUUUUGUAACAAAUGUUUUAUGUAUAUAAAGAGAAAUAUUUAUUUAUAA